AUGUCUUCUGGAGGUGCCGCAGAAGCAGAAGUAUCUGCUUCGACAAUGCCGCCCUGGAGGACCUUUCUAAAACGUGCUGUGUUUGUUGGACUCUGUUGCGAAAGUCUGGCACUAGUACUAGUGUGGCAUUCCAGAUUUACUUCUGGCGUGACCGCUCUGUUUGCCGAAAAACUGCGCAGAGAGUCAUGUUUAUGUUUCGUCGAACUUGACACAUACUACAUGCUUGUUUCCACCAAUUUGAAUUUUUCAAUCGUGAUCGUGAGUGCUUCAUUUUCACGGUUUUAUGAUUUUUUCGAAAUCUAGUUGUUCAUCUGAGGAGGAGCCCCGCUCGGAUUUGAACCCGGGUCGUUUCUCUGAUGUGCUAGUGUCACCAGCAAUCCUAGUACUAACUACGCAAUAACCCGUUUAAGGCUAUGGGAAGAAGAUCUGGUUUUAGAUUUGUCACAAAUGCAAAGAACUCUGUAUAGAUCUGCACAGCGCCUUUAUGUUUAGUACGAGUUAUAGGUUUCAUCCAAGCCUCGCAGUAUCAUCCUUUCUGUCGGGAUAACUAAAGAAGCCGGUCGGGUAAAAAAACAGCCUUUACUUUUGUGCACUUUAUGCUAGUAUCCCUUCAGUGAGUGAUCUUUGGUUUGACAAGGAGCGUCAUGUGAAAUUUUGGGAAAAGAAUACACGUUCUGGCGGAAUGGUCUUUUCAUCAUGUUGCGCAGCGGAAAGAGCGGCUAAAAGUUUAGAAGAGUUUGCGGAGGUGGUGCUCCUUCGGGUGCACGUAGUAUCCAUGGCUGCAUGGAUGCUCGUGUUCGCGCAGCGGCUGAAAGGACAAUGUUUUUCUUAAGGUGCGUCACCUACAACGAGAUCAC